AUGGCGCUAGAAUCUGAUUCAAGGCGCCCCUCGUCAAAAGUUAUUGCAAGAAUUGCAUGCAUUGAGAUACCGAGGAAUCAAUGGCAGGACCUCAUUCGCAAAUUAGUGGACAACAUGGCAAGGCCAUCUUCUUCACUAAAGGAAGCAACUCUAGAAGUUUUGGAGUAUGUCUUCGAGGGGUCUCCUUACCUUCUCAAGGGGGAUCAAGGGGAUCUUGUUAAGGCCAGUGUCGUAAAUGCAGUGAAGAACCAUGCAGGAGAGAUAAGUUCUCAAGUUCGUCUGGCAGCGGUUAAAGCUCUACUCAACGUUCUUCGGGUUGAUGAGUUUGCUCGGUUUAAAGACCAUGCUGGCAGAAAUUCUGUAGUGGCUGUAGUUUGUGAUGCGGCUGAAUGCAAUGAAACUGAGAUCAAAGAGGUGGCAUUUGAGUGCCUUGUUGCAAUUGCAUCCAGAUAUCAUACCAAUUUAGAACCGUACAAGGAAAUCAUACUAAGUCUUACAUCCCAAGCUUUGAAAGGAGAUGUGGAAUCACUUAAAGUCAAAUCUAUUGAGUUGUGGAGCACUAUUUGCCAACAAGAGGUUGAUUACCAACAAGAAGAAGAAGAUUUAGAAGAAGAAGAAGAAGAAGAAGAAGAGACCUCUAACUUUAUUGGUUCUCUCUCUUCAUUUGUUCCACUUCUGCUAGAAACUUACUUAAAAGAAGAGGAAAAUUUAAAACAAGAGGACAUUUCCAUGGGUGCAGAACAAGAGGGAGAUGAUAAUUUAGAGGACAUGGACAUUUCCAUGAGUGAGGAACAAGAGGGAGAUGAAAAUGUGGAACAAGAGGGAGUAAAUCUUGAGGACAUUUGGGGACAAGAGGGAGAUGAGGCUGUGGAAGGCAUUUAUAUGACAUGCCUAGGCCUCGCCGCUAGAACUAUGAAGGAUGCAGUUGUCCCCCUUGUGAUGCAAUUUGUUGAGUGCAGCAUCAGUGGACCACAUUGUCAUAGUCGCAAGGUAGCCAUUUUUCCAUUAGCUUUUAUCCUUGAAGGUCCCUCUGUCAAGCAACUUGCUCCUGUAGUUCAUUUGUUGCUUGACAUGAUGAAAGAUCCCGAGGAAGGUGUAAGAGGCAGGGCUGCAUGGACUCUUGCGCUGGUGUUUGAGCUUGUGGGUGCAAAUAAAAUCAUCAGAAAUGAGGGGGGCCUUCCUGGGAUCAUGGCUAUCUUGAUAGAGAGGAGCAAAGAUGUCCCUCAAGUGUCCAUUGAAGUGUAUAGAGCUCUAUAUUUUCUUGUGAGAGGUUAUGGAGAAAAUGCAAAGUCAAAGUCAUGUGAACUUUCACCUUUUGUCAAGCCUCUUAUUGAUGCUCUUCUUUGUGCUUCAGAACUUGCUAAAGAGAACCCUUUUAGGCUUCCAGCAUGUACAUCUGCUUAUGAAGCACUGAGUGAGAUUGUGAGAGUUUGCAACAUUGAAGAAUUAGAAGUUUGCAGGGCUGUAGGAGGCUUAAUGUCUCAAAUCUUUAGGAGAUUGAACAUCAUGAUUAAUCGUCAAGGUGAAGCAGUUUCAUCCGUUGAGAGGAAGAACCGUGGCCUUCUUGAGGUUUUGCUGUGUGGUCUACUAGAACUCUUAAUCUGGAGGCUUGGCACUAGUUACUUGGCGACCAGUGUAGCAUUUACACUUAAUGGGUCUGCUAAGUGUGUAUUGCUCCUAUUGUGCAUUGUCUUAACCAGUGACAGUAAUAGUGCACGUGAUGGAGCAGCCCUUGCCAGUGGUGCUCUUGCUCAUGCCAUUGGUGGUGAGUUUGUACAACACAUGCCUAUCAUGCUACAGUACUUUAAUGUGAAGCGGCUCUCCCCAGUUUAUUUAGAAGUGAUGUGUGAUAUCUGCCGUGUCUUGGGAAAAGAGGAAGAAGCGGUGCCAUCCUAUGAUCAUAUUAUGGAAGUUCUCUACCAAGGUAUCCUAGAAUCGACACUUCAACCUUCAAUUUUAUCGAGCUUUGGACAGAUUGCUCUUGCUAUUGGUGAGAAAUUUGAGAAGUACCUGCCUCUAGUUAUGGAAAAGCUUAGAGAAGCUGCUGAGUUGAAUCCAGAGGAUAAUAAGGAUCAUGGUAACAAGGUUAGAGAGGGGAUAUUUAAGGCUUACCAUGGCAUAUUGGGUGGUAUAAAUGACCAAAAGUCUGGGUUGAAGGUAGCGAUGGCUCUAGUUGACUUCACCGAAGGUGUGUGCAAGGACCACAGCAAGAUCAAGACAAGGGAUGGAAGGAAUACAAGUGUGGCCAUGGCAGGAAUUGAUGCCUUGUCUCAGCUUCCUUCCAGAGCGGAGGCUUAG